AUGCAUUCCCUACUCGGUAACCGGUGGUCUCUCAUUGCUGGAAGACUUCCAGGUCGAACCGAUAACGAGAUCAAGAAUUAUUGGAACACCCAUCUCAGCAAGAGACUUAGAAGCCAAGGAACUGACCCAAACACCCACAAAAAGUUACAAGAACCAGUAAAACGUGAAGUGAAGAGAAGGAGAAGCAACAAAAACACCAGCAACAAGAAACAAAACAAGAACAGAGCAAAAUUUGUGCCAGCUGAAAAGCAUAAGGUCCACCUCCCUAAGCCUGUUAAAUUUACUUCUUUAUCUUUACCGAGAAACGACAGUUUUGAGAGCAAUACGAUUACUAGUCUGUCUCCAAGCCAAGGAAGGGAUCAAGGGUGUUUCGGUGCAGAAGCUUGGUAUAAUUUCAAGGAUGGUGAUAAUGGGUUUAGCUUUCUUGUUGGAGAUGUUGAUAACGGUCUUGUUAAUGGUCCAGAUCUUGAAUGCCAGUCUCUUGUGCCCACGACAAACACGUUAGAGGAGCUAUAUGAGGAGUAUCUUCAGCUCCUGAAGGUAGAUGAUCACCAGGAUCAAGUGCAGUUAGACUCCUUUGCUGAGUCAUUGUUGGUAUGA